AUGCUUUCAGGCAUCUUAAGGCCGCCUCUCUUUAUACUGCUAUUUCUUCCACUAACAUCCUCAAACGACGGAUAUAGAAAUUAUAAAGAUGGCGACGUUAUAGUUGGUGCUCUAAUCAACAUCCACUAUUCUGGCACUAAUGAUCAAUGUACUGAGCUUUCUACCACAGGGCUGGGAUACGCAGAGGCUACGAUCUUCGCUAUUGAGAAAAUUAACAACAACUCCACUAUUUUACCGAACGUGACAAUAGGCUACGAUUUAAGAGACUACUGUUGGAGCAAUGCUCGAGCCAUGAAAAUAGCCUAUGACUUCAUGUGUGAUGGCGAUCCAGUACAUAUGUCUAACCAAAACAUCAGCACCUCCCCCACAAGAUAUGUCAAGUAAACCAAAAACAAGACCAUCUCAGCGUUAGUUGGCCCUUUCAAUUCCGGCACCGCAGUGCUAGUAGGAAGUCUUCUUCAAGUUUAUGACAUUCCCGCAAUCAGCCCGAGUGCAACAAGCGAUGAGUUCACAAAUGUACAAAGACUUUUUCAGAACAGUUCCACCAGACAACUGGCAAGCAGAGGUCCCGGCAGACAUCAUAGAGCUCUUUAA